CACACCCAGCCGCUUGGACAACCACAAGUCGAUGGCGAGCAAGGAGCUGAGCGAAACGCGGAUCAGGGAGGGGUUGAGCCGUAUGCCGUCCUCCUCAGGUGGCCCCUGACCGCUCGCCGAGCCCGUGGAGGAGUUGGAGCCCCGGCGCCGAGAGGGGCUCUCCGAGGCUCGAAGGCGGGCGGUGGUCGGGUCGGAACCCUGUCGCUGAAGAGCCGAACCAUGCCUGGACUUCUGCUCGGCGACGUUGUGCCAAACUUCGAGGCCGACACCACGGUCGGAAGGAUCACAUUUCACGAUUUUCUGGGAGACUCGUGGGGAAUCCUCUUCUCCCACCCAGCUGACUUCACUCCUGUCUGCACCACUGAACUCGGACGUGCUGCUAAGCUAAGCGACGAGUUCAAGAAACGAAAUGUGAAGAUGAUUGCCUUGUCGAUCGAUAGUGUUGAUGAUCACCGCAAAUGGAGCAAGGAUGUGAUGGCCUACAGUGACGCGGCUGACAAAGCGCUGCCGUACCCCAUCAUUGCUGACGACAAGAGAGAGCUGGCAGUCCAGCUGGGGAUGCUGGAUCCUGACGAGAGGGGAAAAGAUGGACAGGCACUCACUGCUCGCUGUGUCUUUGUGUUCGGCCCGGAUAAGAAGCUGAAGCUGUCCAUCCUCUACCCUGCCACUACAGGAAGGAACUUUGAUGAGAUCCUCAGAGUCAUCGACUCUCUGCAGCUGACUGCACAGAAGAAGGUUGCUACACCUGUUGACUGGAAGCCCGGUGACAAAGUCAUGGUCAUCCCUUCCCUCUCUGAUUCUGAAGCUGCUGAUCUUUUUCCCAACGGGGUGACGACCAAAGACCUGCCUUCGGGGAAAAAAUACCUGCGCUACACCCAGAUUUAAAAAUUCAAUGGAGGAGAAUCACUCUUCUCCUUAAUGCUGGUUCACCUGAAAGUCACUCUACAUGUUAACUGGACUAAUAAAGAUAGUCUCUUCUCCUGUUGUAGUGAAAUGUUUCCAGUUUCACCACAGAGCCAGGAAUAUUUAUACUGCCACACCAUAAUGCUUUUUUCACCUAAAAUAAACACCUUGUAUAACUA